AUGGCUCAUGCAUCAGAAAAACACGAUGCUGAGGUGCAAACUGGUACCAAAGCUGAUGCCAAGAACGAGUCUUCUUCGUCAAGUAUCUCAGAGGCUAUGGACAUCAACGAGAAAGCUUUGCUGCGAAAAUUAGACUAUCGCCUAUUGCCGCCUCUCACAAUCCUGUAUCUGUUGUCUUUUCUGGAUCGCAGUAAUGUGGGGAAUGCCCGCCUAGAAGGAAUGGCAGAUGAAAUUAAUAUGUUGCCGCCAAAUCUUAUUGUUGUGUUUGAACUAGCAGGAGAUCAGUAUCUAACUGGUCUGACGUUGUACUUUAUCGGAUAUGUUCUUUUCGAGAUCCCUUGCAACAUCGUCUUGAAGAAAACCACACCAAGGAUAUGGCUCCCCACUCUCACACUAGUUUGGGGAGUAGUUGCCACACUGCUGGGAAUUGUGCAGAACUAUUCCGGAUAUCUGUCGUCCCGAUUCUUCCUGGGUGUGGCAGAGAGUGGGCUGUUUCCCGGUGUGGUUUUCUACUUAUCGAUGUGGUACAAACGAAAUGAACAACAUUAUCGUGUUGCUCUGUUCUUUAGUGCAGCCUCGCUUGCGGGUGCUUUUGGUGGUAUACUUGCUUGGGCUAUCUCGCAUAUGGAAGGCGUUGGGAACCAAAGUGGCUGGAGAUGGAUCUUUAUUCUUGAAGGACUAUUGACAGUUCUUGUUUCGAUCCUCGCCUACUUCUGGGUAUACAACUAUCCAGCGACAGCCGAGUUCUUAUCAAAGGAGGAGCGGGAAUUCAUCCAACAGCGUUUGAAGAACGACAACGAUGCAACCCGCGACGAACAAUUCUCCUGGUCAGCUGUGCAAGAUGCCUUCAGGGACCCCAAAGUCUGGCUGUAUGGCCUCGGAUUCCACACAAUGUCUCUCCCAUUGUAUACGUUGUCGCUCUUCCUUCCAACUAUUAUCAAGGAUCUUGGAUACUCAGCCGCAAAGGCCCAACUGCUUUCUGUGCCGCCGUAUGCAGUGGCAUUCUUCUUGACCAUUGGUGUUGCGAUUGCAUCCGAGAAGACUCGAAGCCGGGCACCGUUUAUUAUGGGAUCGUCUGCUCUCGGAUGUAUUGGAUAUAUUUUGCUUUUAUCUCAGAACCGUCCCGGUGUAUCUUAUGUCGGAACUAUCUUCGCAGCGGCGGGAAUCUACCCAGCCGUUGCCAUUGUUCUAUCCUGGCCCGCCAAUAACGUCUCGGGUCAGACGAAACGGUGCAUUGCCAACGCCAUGCAAAUCUCUAUUGGUAAUCUGGGCGCAGUACUUGGAACACAGCUGUACCGUACUGAAAGUGCUCCAAGAUAUUUCCUGGGCCAUGGAUUUGCUCUAGGCUACCUGGUCGCAAAUAUCGUGGUCGUUGGGGUUUUGCAGAAAGUUUUAAAACGGGAAAAUGCGAAAAAAGAACGCAUUAGAGAGGCCGAGGGUCUGUCGCCGCUGAUGGGAGACGUUGGUGAUGCGGAGGGUGAAUUCCAUGGUGAUAGGGAUCCUCGCUGGGUCUUCCAAACUUGA